AUGGCGACGCCUUCAAACUCAACGGCCAAUACUACGACCCCAGUUUUCCCUUGCCCCACCUGUGGACAAGAACUGAGCCGGCGCGGCGACCUCAAACGACAUAUAGCCCAACUGCACCCAACUGGUAAUGAGCAACUCUGGAAAUGUCCCCACUGUCCCUACCAGCACGUACAAAAGAGCAAUGUUAAGAUCCACGCCGAGAAGCAUGAACUCAAGCGCACUGGCGAGCGCCCACAUACAUGUCCAGAGCCUGGUUGUACUGCAGCCUAUCAAGACAAAGGACUUCUCACUCGUCAUCGCAAGAAGAAGCACGGCUACCAGCCCAACCAUUCAUCGCGUUAUCUCGAGAAGAAAGGUAUACCAUCGAGUGCAGAGAAUACCGCCACAUCCCGCCUGAGCUCUGACGAUGGACGCACAUCGGCUCGAGUCCAGAUGAUGUACGAAUCACCGCACAGUCCGCCCGAGAGCAUCUCGACGAUAGGCAGCAUGUCGCCUGCAGAGGUACACACGCGAGAGGGAGAGUCGGACGGUGAACAUACCCCGCAUCCUGGUCCCGAGUUCCAGGUCACUGCUCUCACUGGGCGAUAUGACGUGGCUUGUCAGAGUGAUCCGGCUCCCGCUACCUCGACACUGCCACGGUUGCCACCUAUCACCAAGCUCUUCAAGAAGGCGGACGAUUGUGAACGUGAACGUCAUCGAUCCUACUCUAUACCGCGCUUCCCAGGUCCUCUUGUCGUUGGUGACCGUCGUCCAACGUCCGCGCACGGUCACAUUGAUUUUCACGCUCCUCGCCCGGGAUAUUUUCAAGGAAUCAGCGACCCCUCCCCCUUGCCGUUGGUGACCGCGUCGCCGGUGACACGUGAACGCCGGCCUUCGUCUACGCCAUGCCUUCCUACACCACCAGCUUUUCGGACAACGUUCCCUUAUCCGUCCGUCUCUCCCGAGGAUGCCUCGAUGGUGAGAUCCACGCUCUCGCACCCAACACGCAACCCCGUCUCUUGUGCUCGGCGCCAGCGCCGACCAGCACCGUACUCCGUUGCGCGCGGCUCUGACUCGCCAGUGUUGAAUCUCAGCGAGGCCCGAUGGCACAAAUGGUGGAUGGCUCCUGAUGCGACACAAGCGCGUGAGACUAGCUCCCAGUUCAUGGCCCGCCCCCAUGCCGUCCGAUCUCACUGA